CCAGGCAGGCAUGGAGGCCAAGCAAGGGACACUCCUCCUCCUCUUCUUCUCCUCCUUGGUCCUCUCCUUCCAGAGUCCGGCCGCCCAUCCAGUCAACGGCCUGAGUCCGGCCAAGGAGCUGGCCAGCAUGGAGGCCCUCCUGCAGCGCCUGGAGGAGAAGGUCUCCUUGAUGGAGGAUCUCCAGGACGGUCCCGGGUUCGAGGAGCCUGGCAUCCCAAGAGGGGACCUGGAUGAAGCCUUGGAGGAAGAGGAGGAGGAGGAGGAGGAGGAAGGCAAUGCCGACUUCAGGGCCCAUCGUCCCCGGCUGGAGCCCAGGCUCUCCCCGUCAGGCCGCAGCUCCCUCCUGAAGAGGAUGAUGGGCCUCCAGGCCCCCAAAAGCAUGAGGGAGUCGGGGUGCUUCGGGAGGAGGAUUGACCGGAUCGGGUCCGUCAGCGGGUUGGGAUGCAAAGGACUGAGACGGAAUUAAGAAAAACCCCAAACCUUACAUAAGGAAAAUAUAUAUUUUUUCCAAAAAAAGGCGGAUUUCCGAAAGCGCUCCCAUUUUCCGAAGGACGGAAAUUUCCAGGAAAACCCCCCUCUAAUUUAUUUAUUUAUUGACUAACUUAUUUAUUUACUUACUUGACCUCUGUUUUUUUUUGUUUAACUUCCUUCCUUCCUUUCUUUUUUCUAAAUGGAAAAAAACAACAAAAACUUUCUUACUUUCAGCACCUUUGCUUGAUAAAAUAAUAAUAUAUAGUAUAUAUAAUCUUAAUAAAAAAUACACUUCAAAACUCA